AAAAUGAAGAAAAAUUUAGUUCAGAAGUCAAAGAUACUCAAACAACAGCAAUAGCUAUUAGUGAGAUAAUAGAUACCUCUAAUGAACAAAUCUCGAUAGCUGUAUAUUUACCAAGUGCAUCUCAAAAUAAGAAUAAGCCUCAUCAAUUUUCUGAGAUAUAA